AUGAGACUCAGGCCAGAAUUCGAAUCCAUUCGAUCCACGAUCCUGAAUCGUGAGCAGCUGAACUUUGAUGGAGUUAUUAGUAUUCUUAUUCGGGAAGAAACCCGACUGAGAACUCAAGCGCAGUUUGAUACGCGCCCAGGAGAAGGUGAAACUAUCUUGGCAGCCAUAGCGGCCUCGGCAAGAUCAGGUAUUGGCCGAGACUCACAAGUUUUUGCUGUUUCUAGACCACAGUUUAAUAGUCGAGUGCCCAAUGCGGAGCUCGAGUGUCACCAUUGCCAUGAGAAAGGUCACCUGGUGAAGCACUGUCGCCGAAGGAACUAUUACGUGUACUGCAAGAAGAUGGGACACAUCGUACUGGAGUGUCGCACCCGGGAAAGAAAUGCAGAGCGCUGGGCUGGGAAUCAGCCGCCGGUGGGAGCUGGACGCGGCAACUCGGGACGUGGAUAUCGUCCCGCUCAUGUCGUAGGUGAAUCGAGUGGAACGACAGCUGAUAGUACUACCGCAGCUCAGCUAGAGCAGCUCGUGCAAGCCGUGGCAGCUCUCCAAAGCGCGCUCCCCACUGCCUUUGGUUAUGCUCUCUCGGCCCUGCAAGACAGGGAGACAGAUCGGAAGGGGGAUUAA